AUGUCUCGCUGGAUCGGUCCGUCAAGCCGGGGCGAGGCAAAUGUAGCUACGUGGUUCAGUCAACCUACGCCGGCUCAAAGCGACGCUUCAACGUCCGAGGCGUACGUGUCGGGCGCCUCUUCAUCCGCUCCAUCGCAGGAUGCGACCUCGACUUCGGAAGCGGAAAAGGUGCCCAAUUUGUCUCCUGCUGCACUUCAAGAGCUGAACACGCUUCGGCGUGCCGGCCACGUGUAUCAAGACGCGCUGCGAAGGAACAAAGACGUGCAAGAUUUGCUCAAUAGAGCUCUUGUAGCUUCUGAUUUGGACAUUAAAGAACUGCAAGAUCUCGAGACAUCGCUUGACUUUGCUACAAAUCUUGCGGAAGAGGGCACAAAGAAGAGGGUCGUCGAGCAAUCAAAUCCUCCGCUCUUGCCCCUAUUCGACGAGCUUGACGCCGAGAUACCGCUUCUGCGGAAGGACUGUCAGGAUCAGAUGGAUCUUCGAGAUUUCGUCCUGUCGAACCCAUGGUCAGAGGCGGAGUCUUUGAGAUUGAAAGAGGUGACGCUAAAGGAAUGUCAGCGCGCCACGUCUAGAGUUCUGCUGUCCCGAUAUAGAGACAGGGUGUGGUCUCAAGUCUCUUCCAAAAGUGCAUCCGACGUGGUACAAGUCUCUUUACCCGCCUGGGCUCGCACGCACAAGACCUUUCUCAAUACUGGCCGAUCUGGGCUACGUGAGGACGUGGAGACGGAUGAAGAGGAGGACGACGGAUUUGAUUGGGAGCAUGUCUCCAACCAGAUGGGCUUGGCCAAGACGCCAGAAGAAUGCAGGACUAGAUGGAUCAUGAACGACAGACCCGGAAUAAGCUCCGAUCCUUGGAAAGAUGAAGAGGUGAUGCGCUUAAUUGGGAUUGUGCAAAGGCUGCAGGGAGCGGAGGAGGACUGGGACUGGGAACAAGUGGCUAAGGAGCUGGGAACCAAUAGGUUAGGCUCGGAAUGUCUCAUGACGUAUGCCUGCAACGACGCUAAUCCCGCGAAUGACAGCCUCGACUACACCAAGGAAGAAGACCUCAGGAUCCUUCAGCAAGCUCAAAUUUGGAGCGAGUCGUCCUCUCUCGUGGCAGAAAGAUCUUGUCCGCACAGAUUACCUGUCAAUUUGUCCCUGCACUACGCUCAUAAGCUGCGAGCGGCCGCAAAGGAGACCUUACCCGUAAGGUGGGAGGACGGGAGCAGACACGAAAUAGUUCUUCAAUGCGUCAAAGUCCAACUAGAAGCGUACAACUCUACGGUCAAAGGCUCUAACGAUCUGCUCGGGUUAUCAAUUCCAGCGGCAGCUGUCGAGAACCUGACCGGCAAUCGCGCGAUCCGUCAGCGGAUCAGGAAUCACUAUGCCGCCUUGGCUGAAAAGCUCAACUGGCACGAGGUGGCUAGACAGGUGGACGGCAUGAGUUGGAAAAGGUGCAAGAGGCAUUGGAUCGCCCAUUUCGUCGAAGUGGGCAUCACGCAGAUGUGUCAGGACGUGGAAGCCCAAGGGGACGUGUAUGGGCCGCAGCGCGAGGCGAAGAGGAAGAGAGAGGAGGGGCAAGACGACGCUCCAACCCCUGGAAUGGAGGGGCGACCGGAGGUGGAACCUUCGGUUCCAGUCCUCCAAACGGACAGACCUUGGGCCCCUCAAGAAGACGCAAUGAUACACAAGUACAGACCAGGCAAGCGGUCCAAUGCCGCAAUCGCGAAGAUGAUGCGGACAGGUCGGAGCGGGGCCGAAGUGGCGGCGAGGUGGGAAGUACUCAAAGCUCGGGCGCGCGAUGCAAGUGCAAGACAGCUGGAGAGCGCCCCGAGUGAUCAAACAAGCUAG